UGCCUUCUCGCCCGCCGCUCGCGCCCACCCUUCGCACCACCACCUCUUCCUCCUCCGUCGCCAAUACAACACACAUCACACACGGUCCAGCGUCAGCCAGCACGCACGGCGACCCCACGCGCAGCGCUGCACCGCGCUCAUUCGCCAGCGACUAGUCCCUCUGCGACGCUCGAUAAUUGGCAGGCCCGGCAGUCCGUGAUCAGCUGCUGCGCUUUUCCCUGACGUCGCCAAGUCACCUAAGCCCGUUCUUCCUUUGCAGCAAGUUUCAGAAGGACAUUGCGCCUGCCCGACGCCUUACCCGCGACGCCCUCUUUGCCUCACCACUACCACUACCACUCCCUUCACCACAACAUGUUCGCCUCGACCUUAUAGCAGCGGCGGCCCAAUUGGGUCAUUGCUCGACGCGCAACAGCGUCUCCAACCAAUCCACCAGCACCCGACGUGACCUCCGUCGUCGCUUCCGUACUUGAGAACACACUACCACUACCUACCCACGAUACACGAUAAACCGACCACCACUAUGGAUCACUCCGACUCGAAACGACCCUCCAUGCCACCAAAUGCGACUGCAGGUAUGGACCACGCCGAGGAGCUGCUCGCUGAGGUAGAUGAGCCGCCAGACGAACGAAAGGCCCACACCACGUGGGCGCCACCUAAACUGCCUGCCUACCCUACCUUCAACAAAGCCGAUCCUCGAAUGUAUCAACGCCGCGAGUCUUUGUUGACUCGCCAGCUCCACUCCGAGGCCGAACAAACCGACGAUGACGCCGUGUCGCAACAUCCUCCGCGCACCUUGAGCACACAGUCGACAUGGAGCAAUCCGAGCAAUGCAUCGACGGCAGAGCUGACGAGUGACGACGGCCAUAGUGUGGCCAGUCCCUUCCACUCGCCACCACUGCCACCUACCAUUAUCACCACACACGUCCCGGCUGUAGCAAAAGCGAUGACCAAAGGACUGAACAUCGCUGAGCAGGACAGCAAGGUGGCGGACACCGGAUCUGAGCAGUCAGUGGAGGCGAGCUUGGGGAGGAAGAGAUGCAUCAGCUUCGCAUGUGGUGGGAACAAGAACAAGAAUCCGCCGACGUCCCAACCCCAGCCCCAGCCCGCAGCCCCUCCGUCCGAGCCAACAGUCCCGUCUUCGCCGCCCAAGCGCAAAUGUGCGCUCAAGUUUGUCUGCCCCACGAGAGCUGCGGCAGAAGCAAAACCGGUUGUCGAGAAGCAGCCUACAAUUAAACGCCUUGCGAGCCCACCUCCGCCGGAGCGUCGUAACAGGAUCAGUAGUCCCAAGGCGCACCGGGGCUCCGAUAGCACCGUUACUCAUGCUUCGCCUAUGAGUGUUCGCAAAAGCUCAGUCAUUCUCGAGACUGCUGCGGUUCCCGCCACAUCAGGUGCAAUGCCAAAGCUCACUCGCAAGUUUUCCGACGACUCGGAUCGCAGCACCGAGGCCACGCGCUUUCACGAGUUUGCGUCGAGUGACGACGAGCCCGAGGAAUGGGUGCAAGAAUCCACUUGCUACAAAAGCCGCCUCACGGUCAAUGACACCCUGCAAAAGGAGAUCACCAUCCGCAAAGCGUGCGAGGAAGUCGAAGAGGAAGUCUUGGAAGAAGAAGACGCCGAGGACGAUGACGAUGUGAUCGAUGAGGACGAAGACGACGAAGAAGACGAGGACGAUGUGAUUGAACUGGAGGAAGAAUCAGACGAGGGUUUCCGUACCGACGAUGAGGAAGGCUUCGCAGAGUCCGAUUCUGAAGGCGAGGACAGUGACGACGACUGGUGGCGUCCCGGUGGUGCAUCGACUGCCGCUACUUCGACGGACCACCUGGAUCAUCUCGCAAAGAGUGCUCUCAACAGCGAGCCUCUCGCCUCCUCCAUUGGCUCACUCAGCUCCAGCCACAUCUCUCCACGAACUCUGCUGCGCAAGCCUCGCAAGAUCCCGGCGAAUGCUGUCCCGAUUUCCCAACGUGCUCCGGCUAUCGAUCUGCCUGACUCUACUGAUUUUGUAUGCGGCACUCUCGAUGAGGACAGACCCUUAGAGCAGGCCUACCUUCUCAACAAGAAGCAACGCGAGGCGGCUAAGCACAAGGCUCGUCCACAAGACAUCGAUCCUACCUUCCCGACAUCCGACCCUGAGAUGGAUGAGGAGGACGACGAGGACCUCAUAAACCCAGAGGAGAGCGAUCAUGAGAGCCUCAUGCACGGCACCAUAGAAGACCUCGAUGACGAGGCUACUCUACGCCGCAGGAUGUCCAAGCGGGGAGGCAGACCAAGUCAUGUACAUCGGUCACCACCUCCGCCAGCUCGUCACCGAUCGCCAGCCCCUGGUGCAAUGAAGCGGACGAAUACCGCUCGCUCGCCGCCACCUCCGGUGCGACGCGGCACUGCACGUUCACCACCACCGACCUCGAGACGCGGUACCACACAUUCUCCACCGCCACGUCGACUAUUCGCCAAUUCACCGAAGAGGAGUCGCUCACCAGCACCUGCGAUGAACAAAGUGACGUCCCCGCCGAACACGAGGCGCAUCUCUCCGUCCUCUUUCGGCCUCGCAGCGAACAAGAGCCAAGCAAAUGUCCUGGCAAGCCGCCCGCAAUUGACGCACACUGCUUCGCUGCCUCGUAAUGGAGGCUAUACGCUCGGCAAAUUCAACGGCUACCGCAAGGACGAGGGCGAAGAGACCGAGACUGGUAGUCACAUUCACGCGGCUGAUCACCACAAGCGCGGAGCUAUCGACAUCUACAAGGGCCUGGAGAGGAAACGCCAGCGCCGCAAGGAGAAGCUGCACGCCAAAAUGUGUGCAAAAGCCGCGGCCAAGGGCGAGAAGGUCUACAAAGUCAAGCCUGGCAAAGGUGCGGAGAGAAUGAGGGAGGUUGGCCUGGAACUGCAACGUUAUCGCGGCAAAGGCGAACACAUCCUCUCCAUGUGAUCCCGACGACACCGAAACCCCCCAAAUCACUUCUAUUCUGUGCGAGCUUGAGCACAGCGCCGCCGAACCAUCUACGUUUGGCACUUUCACGGACCCGACUGGAAGCAGCAGAAAACUUCUGACCGAGUCUGUCUGGUCGCUGCGCUCGCUGAAGACCCAUUUUCUAUAUACUUAUCCUUUUCCAUCAUGAUUCCCCGACUGAGAUCUUUGGAGUCGUUUAUAAAGGCAUGAGCAAUUGCGAGUGUUUUUUUCUUGGGAAGCUUUUUUCAUUUUCUCAGAGAUACCAGCUCACAGUUGAGCAUGCAGAGCGGAGCAAGUCAAAUCAAGCAAAUUGAGCGUUCUAGCAGAGAGCAGCAACAGCAUUCUGAUGACGAAUGAAAGAGUGUGUCUGGUUUUUUGGCAUUGAAAUUCUACUUUUUGUUCUGUUUCUUUUCCUUUCUUUCGAGUUUUCUCUUCCCAGCGUGUAAAUUUUUUGGGUCUUCAUACACAGAAU